AUGAAAUCCAAAAUUAGAGAUACCAGGAAGUUCUGCAAAUUCCACGACGAGCAUGGGCACGAAACGGGCGUAUGUAGAGAUCUGAAAAUCGAAAUAGAGAGGAUGAUAGACGCUGACGAACUGAGAAAGUUCAUAGCCCAUAACACAAAAGACGGUGACAAGGGAGAAAAGAGAAGCAGGAAUGACAGGGGCAAAGAAAAGGAAGAAGAGAGAUCGUCCAAGAUUCUAGGGAUGAUACACAUGAUUAACGGAGGAGGGCAUAAUAGCUCAACCAUUCGAAGAAAGCAAAGGAGAGAAGUAAUGAACAUCAGGGAAACCCAUAUGUCACCGGUGAUUUUUGAUGUCGAAGACUAUGAACAUGUGAAAGCGUCUCGCAAUGACGUGUUGGUAGUAACUACCAUCAUUGAAAACUGGAAUAUGGAGCGAAUCCUCAUAGACAAAGGAAGUGUUUUAAACCUUAUGACAAAUGCCGCAUGCAAAAUGUUGGGGGGAACCGCGACAAAACUGCGCCGAGUCCCAAUUCCAUUAUCAGGACUCGGAGGACCCUCUAUCAACCCAUUUGGCGUUGUAACCCUAGAGAUAAGGAAUCAACAAAAAGUCACCAGUAUAAGAGCACUAGCUAUGAAGGUGCCAACUGAGAAGGGUGUAGUAACAGUUAGAGGAGAUCAAAAAAUCGCCAAAAAAUGCUAUGACGAGUCUAUCGUCGAUCUUCAAGGAAGCAAGCAUGAAAAGGAAGGAGAGUAG